AUGCAGUCGUUUGAUAAUACUAUGCAGCGAACGCGAAAAAAAUCAAUAAUUAUCUAUUUGCCACUGGUAUUGGAUAUUGAACGUUCAGAGGAGUUAUUUGAGCCUUGCGUUGCGAACAUUUCUCCAAUGCAGUUCGCAAAAGUAAUUAACUAUAGGUGUACACAAAUCCAAUCACUUACACUCUUAAAUUCACAUCGAGCUCUGUCAACUUCAUCUCAAUUAUUCAGACACAAUCAACCAAGAUAUCGUGAAGCUAAAGUCACUGUCAAUGAAAGAUCAAAAAGCCGAAGAGAUGCCGCUCGUGAAUUAUUGAUAAAGACAAAUCGAAGUAAAUGGGAAAAAGAGAUAGCACAGUUAGAGCUUUUAAGCGGUCGCCUGCCAACGUCUAAUAUCUACCUAAUGUCACAAUUUGAAACAAAGAAACACAGUCUGUCCGAGGCUGUUGAGCUGCUACGCGAAAGUGCUCAUCCAGAUAUGUAUGAUUGUAUGGAUAAUCCAGUUUCUGUUAAGGUAACACUAAACAUGUGUACAAAGAAAAAGACAAAGUUUAUCAAUAAAUUUGAACAUUAUAUUGUUCUACCAAAUAUAUUGACUUUCCUACCCAAAAGUCGAGUUUUAGCCGUGUGUCAAGAUACAGAUAAUCCAGAAGAGUUUUUAAAUGCAGGCGCAUUCGAUGCUGGCGGGUCAAAGCUUAUUCAACGCUUAGGACAGGGAUAUUAUCAUUGGGGAGAAUAUGAUUCCGUUGUGGCACAUCCAAGUUGGGAAAGUCAUCUGUUUAAAUUACGACAUAUAUUGAAAGAAAAGCUACCAACCACAAAAAAUGGUAAAAUAGGUGAAGAUUUAGUCAGUCUCUGUUCAACUUACUCGAAUGGUGUUAAAUUGCUUUCGUCGUCUAUUGAUGGAAUUCCAGAAAUUGCAUUUUUGGACUUAGUUUUGGGUCAGCUGUCGUGGGAUAUCAGUCAAUUGGAGGAGAAUUUACGUUGUUACUUAGACUGUAUUGAAUUAGAAAAGUCGAGUCGUAUCAGCGGUGAUUUCAUUAAAUCGGGUGAAAUUCAUUGUGCCCCAACUGGUGAAAGAUUUCUUUUGGAUAUCUCUUUGUACUAUUCCCCUGUUAGCCAAAGUAGUACUAAAAGUCGUCGCAGUGAACAUGAUGAUGGUGGUGAAGCUGAUGAUGAGGAUGUUAAUAUCGAUGGAGUUGAAGGAAAGGAACAAUCUGUUGGAGAAUUACGCAUAUGAAUUGUCUGAUGUAUCGGUUAUUCAUAGCAGCAUUAUCUUGUAAUAUGUGAUGUACAUAAUACCUAUAAAACAAUUUUUAUAUCUCUGAUUAG